GCGGGCGCACCUCUCCCUCGGAGCGCGUCCCUCAGCUCCAUGAAUGGAAAUCGGCUCAGCAGGACCUGUUGGGGCCCAGCCCCUACUCAUGGUGCCCAGAAGACCUGGCUAUGGCACCAUGGGCAAACCCAUCAAACUACUGGCUAACUGUUUUCAAGUUGAAAUCCCAAAGAUUGAUGUCUACCUCUAUGAGGUAGAUAUUAAACCAGAUAAAUGUCCUAGGAGAGUGAAUAGAGAGGUAGUUGACUCAAUGGUUCAGCAUUUUAAAGUCACUAUAUUUGGAGACCGUAGACCAGUUUAUGAUGGAAAGAGAAGCCUUUACACAGCCAAUCCACUUCCUGUGGCAACAAGUGGGGUAGAUUUAGAUGUUACAUUACCAGGAGAAGGUGGGAAAGAUCGACCUUUCAAGGUAUCCAUCAAAUUUAUUUCUCGAGUGAGCUGGCACCUACUACAUGAAGUACUGACAGGACGAAGCUUGCCUGAACCACUGGAAUUAGACAAGCCCAUCAGCACUAACCCUGUCCAUGCUGUUGAUGUGGUGCUCCGACAUCUGCCCUCCAUGAAAUACACUCCUGUGGGGCGUUCCUUUUUCUCAGCUCCAGAAGGAUAUGACCACCCUCUGGGAGGGGGCAGGGAAGUAUGGUUUGGAUUCCAUCAAUCUGUUCGGCCUGCCAUGUGGAAAAUGAUGCUUAAUAUUGAUGUUUCUGCCACUGCCUUCUACAAAGCACAACCUGUAAUUCAGUUCAUGUGUGAAGUUCUUGAUAUUCAUAAUAUUGAUGAGCAACCAAGACCUCUGACUGAUUCUCAUCGGGUAAAAUUCACCAAAGAGAUAAAAGGUCUGAAGGUUGAAGUGACUCAUUGUGGAACAAUGAGGAGGAAAUACCGUGUUUGUAAUGUAACGAGAAGGCCUGCCAGUCAUCAAACUUUUCCUUUACAGUUAGAAAAUGGCCAAACCGUGGAGAGAACUGUAGCACAGUAUUUCAGAGAAAAGUAUACUCUUCAGCUGAAGUACCCACACCUUCCUUGUCUACAAGUGGGACAGGAACAGAAGCAUACCUACCUGCCACUAGAAGUAUGUAACAUUGUAGCUGGGCAGCGGUGUAUCAAGAAGCUGACUGACAAUCAGACAUCCACUAUGAUCAAGGCAACAGCACGAUCUGCACCAGAUAGGCAAGAAGAAAUUAGCAGAUUGGUUCGGAGUGCAAAUUAUGAAACAGACCCAUUUGUUCAAGAAUUCCAAUUUAAAGUUCGGGAUGAAAUGGCACAUGUAACUGGACGAGUACUUCCAGCUCCUAUGCUCCAGUAUGGAGGACGGAAUCGAACAGUAGCAACACCAAGCCAUGGAGUAUGGGACAUGCGAGGAAAACAAUUCCACACAGGAGUGGAAAUCAAAAUGUGGGCUAUAGCUUGUUUUGCCACCCAGAGGCAGUGUAGAGAAGAAAUAUUGAAGGGUUUCACGGACCAGCUGCGUAAAAUUUCCAAGGAUGCAGGGAUGCCCAUCCAAGGUCAGCCUUGUUUCUGCAAAUACGCACAGGGAGCAGACAGUGUGGAGCCCAUGUUCCGGCAUCUCAAGAACACAUAUUCUGGACUACAGCUCAUUAUUGUCAUUCUGCCAGGAAAGACACCAGUAUAUGCGGAGGUAAAACGUGUAGGAGAUACUCUUUUGGGUAUGGCAACACAGUGUGUGCAAGUGAAGAAUGUGAUAAAGACAUCCCCUCAAACUCUCUCAAACUUGUGCCUAAAGAUAAAUGUUAAACUUGGAGGAAUCAAUAAUAUUCUUGUACCUCAUCAAAGACCUUCUGUGUUCCAGCAACCAGUGAUCUUUUUGGGAGCAGAUGUCACUCACCCACCUGCUGGUGAUGGAAAGAAGCCUUCUAUUGCUGCUGUUGUGGGUAGUAUGGAUGCCCACCCGAGCAGAUACUGUGCCACAGUAAGAGUUCAGAGACCCCGACAAGAGAUCAUACAGGACUUGGCCUCCAUGGUCCGGGAACUUCUCAUCCAGUUUUAUAAGUCAACUCGGUUCAAACCUACUCGUAUCAUCUUUUAUCGGGAUGGUGUUUCAGAGGGACAGUUUAGACAGGUAUUAUAUUAUGAACUACUAGCAAUUCGAGAAGCCUGCAUCAGUUUGGAAAAAGAUUAUCAACCUGGAAUAACCUACAUUGUAGUUCAGAAGAGACAUCACACUCGAUUAUUUUGUGCUGAUAGGACAGAAAGGGUUGGAAGAAGUGGCAAUAUCCCAGCUGGAACAACUGUUGACACAGACAUUACACACCCAUAUGAGUUUGAUUUUUACCUCUGUAGCCAUGCUGGAAUACAGGGUACCAGCCGUCCUUCCCACUACCAUGUUUUAUGGGAUGAUAACUGCUUUACUGCAGAUGAACUUCAGCUGCUCACUUACCAGCUCUGUCACACCUAUGUUCGCUGUACACGAUCUGUUUCCAUACCUGCACCAGCGUAUUAUGCUCACUUGGUGGCAUUCAGAGCCAGAUAUCAUCUCGUGGACAAAGAACAUGACAGUGCUGAAGGAAGCCACGUUUCAGGACAGAGUAAUGGGCGAGAUCCACAAGCUCUUGCCAAGGCUGUACAGAUUCACCAAGAUACCUUACGCACAAUGUACUUUGCUUAACCUAAGUCCAAGUGUGUCUGGGAAGAAGCACUGAAAGAUGAGUCAUUGUACAGCCUACGUUGCCAGUGAGGUUGGUUCAGUAGGGAUGCCUCUAACUGUGUAGUGGCCACCACCGUGGGAGGUCUGGUCCUUCUAUUGGUCCAAGGAAGAUUGUUUACUUCAUUGAGGAACGCGGCACAUAUUUAUGCAAUAUGAACCCAGCCAGCUGCUUUAUUGUGCAGUCUCCUGUAGGAAGUAUUGCAAUUGUUUCAUUUUCACUUCUGAUAGUCUAACCCUUUUAAUGCCUUUACCUCAUGUUGCUUGGCAGCACAACUACCUUUGCAAAAAAAAAAAAAAAAAAGGAAAGAGAAGUUUAAAAAACACAUACAUGAAUGAAUAACCAGAGUAAUUGUUGACUAUUAUAUGUGUGCAAAAAAAGUGCACUCAUAUAUUAUAAAAGGAGUCUGUAGUUUUAAAUGUGUACAUGCAUACUUCAUAUGCAUACAUAUCUGGAACUAGACUCAUGACCUACAUGUGUAUCUGUGUAUAUAUUUUAUGAUUCAUUCCAGUGGGGAAUUUCAUUUCUGUUUUAUUUUCCCUCCACUACCACUUAUAUCUCUCUCUAUCGCCUUCCUCAUCUACAUUUUUUCCCUUCAUGCUACUGUGACAUUCAAGUGUUUUAUACACAUAGUUUGUUUGAAU